CCUGUUGGUUAAUUAUUUCAAGCGGCCACACUGUUGAAAUUUUGUAAUUAGAAAUUCUCACAACUGUCGCUAUUUAACAGUUUUUAGCCGUUUCUAGAUGUAAUUUAGGUUGGCAAACCUUUAAAAACAGUGACUGAGUGCGGAAUAAAGGCGUAAGAGAUAAAAAUGGAAGACAUAUUCCACUGGUGCCGCGAGGGCAACUCGAUUCAAGUGCGCCUCUGGUUGGAUGAAACGGAGCACGACAACAAUUUAGGCGACGACCAUGGCUUCAGUCCUUUGCACUGGGUGGCCAAGGAGGGCCAUGCCAAACUUGUGGAGACUUUGCUGCAGCGCGGAGCUCGUGUUAAUGCCACCAAUAUGGGCGACGACAUCCCACUCCAUUUAGCGGCAGCUCACGGCCACCGCGAUGUGGUCCAGAUGUUGAUAAAAGAGAGAAGCGAUGUGAACGCGGUUAACGAACAUGGCAAUACACCUCUGCACUACGCCUGUUUCUGGGGCUAUGACAUGAUCUGCGAGGAUUUACUGAAUGCAGGAGCCCAGGUGGGAAUUGCCAACAAGGACGGGCAUACGCCAAUCGAAAAGGCCAAACCCAGUUUGGCCAAGAGGCUGCAGGAUCUAGUCGAGAAGAGCGGCAGGGAAGUAAAGGUUAUCAGCUUCAAGGAGCAAAGCUGGCAGGGAAUGAAGACGAGGUCACGGGAUGCCACAUUGUCCCGCUUUAAGGGUAUUAGUAUGGGAGAUUUGGAUCUGCAUACCAAGCUCUCAGUUACGCCGUCAGGAGAAACAUGGCGGGGACGCUGGCAAAAGAACGAUGUGGUGGCAAAGAUCCUAGCUGUACGUCAGUGCACGCCUCGUAUAUCACGGGAUUUUAACGAGGAGUUCCCCAAGCUGCGCAUCUUUUCGCAUCCCAACAUUUUGCCCAUUAUAGGGGCUUGUAAUUCGCCACCCAAUCUGGUGACCAUUAGUCAGUUUAUGCCACGUUCUUCAUUGUUCAACUUGCUGCAUGGAGCUACCGGUGUGGUGGUCGACACUAGCCAAGCGGUUAGCUUUGCCUUAGACGUUGCUCGGGGAAUGGCUUUCCUGCACUCGCUGGAGCGCAUCAUACCCACAUAUCAUCUAAACAGUCAUCAUGUGAUGAUCGACGAGGAUUUGACGGCGAGGAUCAACAUGGGCGAUGCCAAGUUCUCGUUCCAGGAGAAGGGACGCAUCUACCAGCCGGCUUGGAUGUCACCAGAGGCUUUGCAGCGCAAGCAGGCGGAUCGAAACUGGGAAGCCUGCGACAUGUGGAGCUUUGCCAUACUUAUUUGGGAGCUGACAACGCGCGAAGUACCUUUCGCCGAGUGGUCGCCCAUGGAGUGCGGCAUGAAGAUUGCAUUGGAGGGACUGCGAGUGAAAAUUCCACCAGGCACUUCGUCCCACAUGGCCAAGCUGAUCGGUAUCUGUAUGAAUGAGGAUCCCGGCAAGCGACCCAAAUUCGACAUGGUGGUGCCCAUUUUGGAGAAGAUGCGGCGUUGAAUAGAAGGAGCAAAAUCAAUAGAUGCCAAGCCAAAAUGUGCCUUGAGAAACCUUCGUUUUUGCCAACUAAUUGUAAUUACUACUUUGUGUUAUCUUUGUCUAACUGAGCCUAA